AUGACUAACUUUUGUUUACUAAAAUUAAAUUGUGAAACAUCAAAUUGUGAAACAUCAAAUUGUGAAACAUCAAAUUGUGAAACAUCAAAUUAUCAAACAUCAAAUUGUGAAACAUCAAAUUGUGAAACAUCAAAUUGUGAAACAUCAAAUUGUGAAACAUCAAAUUAUCAAACGUCAAAUUGUGAAACAUCAAAUUGUGAAACAUCAAAUUGUGAAACAUCAAAUUGUGAAACACCAAAUUGUGAAACAUCAAAUUGUGAAACAUCAAAUUGUGAAACAUCAAAUUGUGAAACCGUCAAAUUGUGA